AUGGAGACCCGACAGGCGGACGUGUCCAUCCCACUGCAGUCCUCCGGCUGGGGGUCGGCUCCCCCCGGUCCUCGGGCGGACCCGCCGCCCCGGGACUAUGUGCUCUGGUCGCUGUUCAACGUGGUGCUGUGGGGCGCGGUGGCCGGGCUGGGCUGCCUCGGCUUCCCCCCGCUCGUCUACUCCAUCAAGGCCCGUGACUGCAAGUUGCUGGGGGACCUGGAGGGUGCCCGGCGUCACAGCUCCCGCGCCAGGGUGGCAAACAUCAUCUGCUCCGUGCUGGCAACCCUCGUGUUGGUGGGCUUCAUCAUCCUCGUCAUCAUCCUCACCGUCUUCCUGGAAAUCGAACUCGAGAACCCCUGACCGCCGCCUGGCCCCCACCCGCGGGGGGCUUCUCCCCCUCCUCCCGCCCCGCAAAUGUGCCCGCUCGGGGCGCGGGGGCGAGGGGAUUGAGCCCCGUCUCCUCGCUGCUGCCCUCCGGGUGUCCCCGCACAGCCGCGGGAGGGGAUGGGGCGGCCCGGCGGGGGGCGUGGGGAGGCAGCCCCCCCCCCCUUUCUCUGCUCUUGCGCUUCCUGGCACCUGUGACACACCUGUCAGUCCCUGCUGCCACCAAUAAAGCUCGUCCUGCCAAA